AUGAUGAAAAGUAUUUUAUCAUGUGAUCGUGACUUGAAAGAAACCGCAAUUAUAGAAAAGCGUAGACAGGCUGAAGAGCAAAGAAAGAAGCGAUUUUUUAAUGAGAAGAACAGAAUUUUGGGGAUCGAUUCUGAUGCCUUAAACAAGCAAUUGCUUGAGAAGGAGCAAAAAUUGGAAGCAGAAAGAGAAGAAGCUCGAAUUGCUGCUGAAGAAAUGAGAAGGAAUUUGGACCUUGCAUCACAACGUGAACGAGAAUUUCGUGAUCAAAAGAAGCAGUCGGAAAUUGAAAUGAAUGAGUUCCGUAAAAACUGUCAGCAGUCAAGAGAUGGCGUUGAUUUUGACUUGAAUGAUCCUGAAGGUCAAAAAAAUGUAUAUCCAGGACGUUUGGAUGAUAAUGAUCCUCGUUUGAGUAUUUCUGGUGGUCAGCAGUUCAUUGGAGAGGAUCUAAUGAACGAAAAUCGCAUUCGUGAGCAGAAAAAUCUGCAGAAGCAGUGGCUUGAUCAGCAAAUAGCUGAAAGGAAGCAACUUGAAAGCAGCAAGAAGGAAGCUGAAAAGAAAAUGUCAGAUUCUUUAUGUAAGCAUGAUGCACAUGCAGUUUUUCUCGGACAUCGAAUGCAUGAUGAUAAGCGUGGACUACAAAAGCAGAUUCGCGAAUAUAAUGAGUCACUUGCACAGCAGAAACGUGAAAAUGAAAAGAAGAUGAAAGAAAUGGAACAGCAAGAUAAUCAAGCUGAAAUCUACAAUUUCUUAUCAAGUGACUUACUGAAGGAAAGUCAACCUAAUGGAAGUAACCUUGGUCCAAACCGCUGCAUUCCUUACAUGUAUAAAGGAAUGAACUCUGAGCAAAUCGAGAAUCAUAAAAUGGAACAAGAAAGGCAGUUGAAUGACAUAAAGCAACGCAAGAUGGAUGAUCAGCAUCACAAGGAGGAAUGGGAAAAAUUGACAGACGAAAUGCAUCGUCAAAUGACUUUAAAGGAACGCGCAUUGUCUAGAGACAUCCGUCAAAUCAACUGUAAGAUUCGUGAGGAAAAUGAGCAGCUUGCUAAGGAACAGAUUUAUCAAAAAGAACAUUAUGAUCGUGUCGUCAACACUAAUCCAGCAUCUGAAGAAUUUUUUAAUCAGUUCAGUACAUCUUCUCGCUAA